CAGGUGGUGACCUACAACGGCGCUGUCCGCGAGAAGCCGGCAGACGCCGAUGAGGCGCGAGCCUACAUCGCCGACUACGGCCUCGCGCCUUGCUCGACCGUCGGCGCCCUGGUGCUGCACGACGCUGCGAGCGGCAGGCGCGCGUCCGGCGUCCACGUGGCGCACAUCCACUUUGACCCUUUCCCGCCGGCGGUGGUGGACGCCCUCGCCGCCGACCCGGUCUGCCGGAGGUGCGCCGGAGGGCUGAUGGUCGAGCACCCCGCGUGCGCGCCGUACCUGCGCCAGAUCGACGGAGGCGUCGACUCGGUGAUGGGGCUGUCGACGCGGCUCCUCGCCACUCUGCUCGGCUCCCUCUCGGACGGCGCAUCGUAG